ACAUUGUUUUCCUUUUGACUGACCUCGCACGUCAUUCUGGAAAUUGUGCAGUGUUGUUGUUGCUACCAUAUUAGUCUGGUUGUCAAACGUUGUUAUACUUUUAUAUUAGCGUUAACGAAGGAUGGCGACUCAAUAGGAUAAUUAAAGGAGUUCUUGGUUUUAUGAUACGGUGACAAAAAAGGUUAAGGGCGAGCAUAGACCUAAUAUUGCUGAGGAUGGCAAAAACUCUUGUGACCUUGAAAGAAUGAGUCACAUAUGGGUUUCAAAUACCUGGGGGAAAGUAAGCAGAACAUGUACUUCGUGGCAAACAAAUGCCCGCAAGUCAGCAGCAGCAUUUCCCCUGUCUGCUACCUCUCACUGCAGGGUUCAUGUACAACAACCUUAUUGCUACAAGGUAGGCUAUCUCAACUGGAGGCACAUCUACCACCUGAAGAUCACUGGGCGAAAGGGAUGGCUCUGUAAAGCUUACCAGGUUAGACAAAGGCUUGGACUCCACACCAGCACCCUGUAUCUGAACACUUCACGUUGGUCUGCUGGUCUGAGCCAACACAUGUCGCGGGUCAGGAACACACUGGACACAGUUUCUAAAGCUGUGAGUGGGACACAUACAGAACUUCUCUCUAAAAUCGCCAGACUCAAGCCUUAUGCUUUAAGGGGUGGGAAAAAGGCUGAGGCAAGUGUUGAGUCAGCGCCAAAAGCAGAGGAGAGUGCAGUCACGCCUACUCCUGCUCCCACAAAUGUUGCUCCUUCUUCUACAUCUAUUACACCCAACCCUAUAUGUAUCUCAUCUUCUGUCAGUCCUGUUCCUACUUCUGCUGCUACAUGUGAAGCAAGUGCCACUACCUCCACUCACCCUCACAAUCCUAUCCAAGCGAAUGUCACUGCCACAAUUCUGAAUGUGCGCAAACCUAAGGAGAAAAAACUGAGGCUUGUUGUUCCUGCUGUCAAAGCCAGUUCUGCCACGAAGCAAGAUGAGCUUAAACCUUCACUGAGUGAUACUGAGAGCAAGAACACAACUUUAACACCACAAACCACAGCACUUUUCCAUCCUAGCACCUUUUCAGUCAGCCUGGAUGAGACUUACAACUACCUGGCUCAUCACAUCAACUCAUACUUUGGCAGCAGUACAAAGACUCAGGACAAGAAAGUGGACAAUGUUGACCAUUCUUCUGCUUUGUCUCAGGGUCAAAAAACUAGUGACUUCACGCCAGUGUCUGAUAAAACCGUUCCUGCUGCUCCAGUUACCACACCUUCCACCAAGAAGGGUUUAGGACAUUACCUGUCCUACUCAGCUCCCACUGUACAAGCCUUUGUAGGAAGCUACAUUGCUCCCCUGGUCCCAAGGUUUAGGACAGCAGAGUCCAAAAGGGCUACAGUGGAAGAAAAGAAGACUGAGGAUGCACCAGUCAAACAAAUCGAGGCCACAGUUAAUAAAGAUCAGAAGGCUGCAGAGGAAAAAGCCAAGAAACUACUGCUUCAAAGGGAAAAGAUCAUUGCCAGGGUGAGUGUGGACAAUCGAACUCGGGGACUGGUUCAGGCUCUGCACAGAGCAUCAGAUGUGAGGGUUUACAUCAACAGGGUGGAGGACCUCAGCUACCAUCUCGUGGAGUUUCCAGAGACCAGUGGUGUUGCAGUCAAGGCGCAGGUAAUCCCUUGCCUGCUGCGUCUGAAACAGGCCAAUGACCCAGGCCUGAGGGCGGCCGUUAGAGAAGCCCUCGCUCUGGUGGGCUACCAUAAUCCUGUGAAAGGGCGUGGCAUACGGAUCCUGUCCAUAGAUGGAGGAGGGUUAAGGGGGCUUGUUGCACUUCAGACGUUACACAAGCUGGAAGCCCUGACCGGCAAACCCAUUUACAAACAGUUUGAUUAUAUUUGUGGUGUCAGCACAGGUGCUAUUUUAGGGUUCAUGCUAGGUGCAUUCCAAAUCCCAUUGAACGAGUGUGAUGAUCUUUACCGGAAGUUGGGUUCAGAUGUCUUCAAGCAAAACUUCAUAGUUGGCACUGUAAAGAUGGGCUGGAGCCAUGCUUUCUAUGACAGUGAAGCCUGGGAGAACAUCCUCAGAGAGAAAAUGGGCUCUCACCGUCUGGUGGAAACUUCAAGAAACCCUGAAUGCCCCAAGGUGGCAGCGGUGAGUACCAUUGUGAACAGGGGCACUCCUCUUAAGGCCUAUGUGUUCAGGAACUACAACCUGCUGCCAGGGGUGCGCUCUCACUACCUGGGGGGCUGCCAGCACCAGCUUUGGCAGGCCAUCCGUGCCACAUCAGCAGCCCCUGGGUAUUUCCAGGAGUUCACUUUAGGAAAUGAUCUCCACCAGGACGGGGGUCUGCUGAUUAACAACCCCACAGCACUGGCUAUCCAUGAGUGUAAGUGUUUAUGGCCCAACACGCCCCUGGAGUGUGUGGUCUCACUCGGUACGGGCCGCUUUGAAUCUCCUGGCAAGAACAGCACCACCUACACGAGCCUCAAAACCAAACUCACAAAUGUCAUCAGCAGCGCCACAGACACUGAGGAGGUUCACGCCAUGCUUGACGCCUUCCUCCCUCCCGGCACUUAUUUCCGCUUCAACCCCUUCAUGAGCGAAGAUAUCUCCAUCGAUGAGAACCGGCACGAGAAGCUCAGCUUGCUGCAGGCUGAGGGUAUCCGUUAUCUGGAGAGAAACGAGGAGAAGCUGAAGAAGGUCGCUCACAUCCUCACCCGAGAGAAAAGCUCCGUCCAGAGGAUGGCAGAUUGGGCCAGGCUCAGAGCUGACAUGUAUAACAUGUCCUUUAAGUCCUAUAAGCUCUAGAUCACACACAGGCCACCUUUACCUCACAUGGAAACACGUCCUUAAUUCUAAAUUGCCUUGAUUUGUGUAUCAUAGUUGUUUCCUUCUUGGCCUGUAUUGUAGCUCUGGUUGUCAUUUAAAGAUGUGUGAAAUGUCAUUUGGGUUUAGGAACUCCCU